CCAGAUUUAUCUCUCAGUUGCAGCAUACAGUGGACUACAGAUAAAGUGUGCGUUUAGUCGAGAAGAUACGAGGAUAACUCGGCGUUACUGUUUUACCCUUUGCUCUGAGGCGGAUUUGGAUUUUAUGUACAACAUGACAUUUGAGGAACUAAGUGGGGAUUACUCUCAAGAAAGAAUGGAUUCAGUGGCGAAAGCUUUGGAAGAAGUCCUCACCUCUGCCUUACCACAGGGCUGCAUAACAGUGGGAGUCUACGAGGCUGCCAAAUCACUCAAUGUAGACCCUGACAAUGUGGUUCUGUGCAUCCUGGCCACCGACGACGAAGAUGUCAAAGACGUCGCCUUGCAGAUCCACUUCACCCUCAUUCAGGCUUUCUGCUGUGAGAAUGACAUCAACAUCCUGAGAGUCAACAACACCCGGCGCCUGGCAGAAAUACUGGGUGGUGGUGGUGGAGGAGGUGGAAAACAGAGUGGGGGUGAACCUCUGGACCUACACUGUGUCCUCGUUACUAGUCCACAGUCGACAUCGUGGAAGGACCCCGCUCUGAGCAAAGUGAACCGAUUCUGCAGAGAGAGCCGCUGUAUGGACCAGUGGGUACCCAUCAUCAACCUGCCUGAACGAUGAACUUUUCGCCACAAAAACCUGUGAAAGGACUCUUAAUCUGCACAGGAAGUGUGGUGUGAACCCUGAUGGACACAUUACCACCCAGAGAUCAAAUUCCAAAGCACUGCUGAUGGGGAGAGAACAUUUUUGGAGGAAACAAAACCACAACUCCGCCGUCUACAUGGGGUGUAUUUAAAAGAGUUGUUAAAAAAAAAAAAAAAGAGCCGGGGGAUGGAUUUCUUCUUUGGACAGGACUGUUUGAGUCGCGUCUGUCAGCCUUUGCAACCGAGAUGAGAUGGCGAGGCACUUGUAUCGUCACACAGGUGGAAAUUCAAAAAGAGAAAGCAUGUGUGUGUGCUUUUUAAUGUGAUGCCGGACACUGUACAGAAGGACUGUAUCAUGUAUGUGUGGUAAAGCCUCUGUGCCGAGUCAGAAAAGUGGGGAGAAAAAAACGAAAAUGGAGCUGUUGAGUGGACCAAGGCCUCGGCCUCUCUCUGCAGAAACAAAGCACUUGUUGAAACACUGGACUUUUUUGCAAUUUCACUUUCACUUCACUUGAUUUCAAUUGUUAACGUUGACGUUGUCAUGAUUUAAAAAGGGAAGGGCUGCACAUCCAGUGAAGACAUUCUGUGUAUUUAGUGUUUCCUACGCCAGCUGGUUUUUUGCCACAAGUAAAAUAAUUCAUUUGUUACAAUUUAAGUUAUUUCUAAUGAUAUUUAAGUGUAUUUAUGUUUCAUUUUUUACCUUAACUAUUUGCUAAAUCUGAACACUUAUGUAUUGCUGUCAAUAAAAAGUAUUUUUCUUUUUUGGAGA